UAUAAAGGUUUUUAGGUUUUGUUAUUUAUCUAGAUAAAAACCAUAGCUGUCCUCCACAGGACGGUAUAGAGUCACAGCCGCAGCGGUCAGAGGUCGCCCCCCUUAAUUAAACAGGUGAGCCGUAUUCAACAGAUAAAAAGGUGAAAAUUACGUCUGAAAAGCAAGCUUUACUUUCCUGUGUUGGUCACCGAGGCGCCUUCAGUUCAACAGCAAAAUCUAUAUGUCAGGAGCAGGUCUGACUUGCUGGAAUACCAGAAAUGUUCGGUUCAGUGCUGUUCUGGCUUCCUUCCAUAUCGGACAUCAUGAAUUUCGAAGUGAAUCUCUUUGAAAGUCUGCUACAAGGGGUAGUGAGCACCUCUGGGAUCUUGGUGCUGUGCAAUCUGCUGAGGGUUCACUUCUUCAUCAAGGCUGUGAGGAAGGAUGAUGGAAGUAGCCAGAAAGAGCCACCUAGGCUGCUGGCUGGGCCCAGGCCUGGGCUGGGGAGAACGUUACACCUCUGCUGCCUGAUCAGCAUCCUGACCGUCGUGGGACCACGCGUCGCCUCCCUGGUGGUCCUGGAGUUCUCUCUGCGAGCGGUGGCGGCCUGGGUCACCGUUGGAUCGAAGUCCCCUCCCAGUGCCGCCCUCCAGUUUAUGGUCAGCUGCCAGUUCUCCCUGGGCUGUGCUCUGAGCUGCAGUCUCCACUUCCUCCAGGAGGGGGCGCCCCAGCGCUUGCUAAGCUUGCUCCUGGCGGCAGGGCUGAGCUGGAUUCUAGCGAGGCAGAGCAGCCACCUGUGGCACCACGUGAUGGCGCUGUACCCCCUACACAGCUCCCAGCGUUACUGCGGAGUCUGCCUCAGCCUCGUGGCCUCUAGUCGUGCCCUGCUGCCCCUCCUGACCCACAGCCUCAUGGUGACCUUCUGCGUGGCUGCUGUCGCCGCCAUAUCAAUCAUCAACCACCACUUCCUGUCAGCAGCAGAAGCUCUGAGGUUUUGGAUGCCGCUUACGAUCUGCUACAUGUUGCUGGUUGUCCACACACAAGAGGAGCAACAUCGCCGCCCUGGUGGAGAGGUUGUGCAUCAGACAGUGAUGGUGCGCCUGGGGGGUCUGCUGCUGCUGAUGCUGAUGGUGGGCUGGUGGACAGACGUGCUGCACAUGUUCAUUUGCUUCCUGGGGGAGGCGUGCUGCCUAAUCCCCUCGCGGGACCUGCAGGAUGCGGUUUCCCAGGAGAUGGCCGAAGAGGCUUCCAGCUGCCUGCAGCUGAAUCAGAGCACAAACUCCCACUCACAGAUGCAGCCAGAAUCUGACUUGGUCCCCUCUAAAGACAAGGACUUUUAGAUGUCGCGCAGAGGUCCCUUGUGGUGGUGAAAAACAGAGAGACCACCGUUGUACACUGAGUUCAUUUUGUGCAGAAACACCCUCACAGAGAUAAAUACAUGACUCACAGAAAUGUUGGGCAGGAUGGGAGGGGGUGGACGAGCAGGGGAGCUAGACGGGGGGGGCAGGGCAGGUAAAACUAAGGUGUGUUUCUUAGUGACAGGGUGUGUUUCUGAACUUUGGCUUCCAAAGAUUGAGUCACCACCCAUAGGCUGGUGUCAUACCUCACUGACGCCAGAGUUACAGGUGUGAUUUCUGUCGGGAUUUAAACCUGAAAUCUCACCAUCACUCUGGAUUCCCAGACCAAGCCGCGAUGGCAGAAUUUGUCAUUCCCAGUCUCCAAGAGCUGUGGACUAUACUGUUUUCCUUGAUGCCUCAGGUCUUUACUGAAAAAGUCACUCUGAUUACUGAGACCGCAGUCGGUGUCCAGCCUUGGCAAGGUCACACGUUACUCAUUCCAGUGAAAGUGCAGCCCAUCGAGUCGUCAUUUUCAGUCUCCAGUUACUGUCAUCGAUCGAUCGUGUGUCGCUGAGGAAACGGGGCCCAUUGGUGACACCAGUGACCUGAUCGCUUCCUGCUCUACUGGUUGUUCCUCAGUGAGCUGUUUUGUACAGAUAAUAAAAGCAUCAAGAAAAUG